ACAGGAAGUCCUCUAUCAGACAGACCUCUUGUCCUGCAUCUCUCUCUCUCUCUCUUUCUCUCUCUCUCUCUGUCUCUCUCUCCAUGCACACAUACUUACACAUACUGUCAGUGUUAGAGAGGAAACGAGUGUGUGUGUAUGUAUGUACAUGUGUGUGUGUAUGUGUGUGUGUGUAAAACAGACCUCUCUGCAGCAGUGUACAGUUUUGAAGAAGAUGAACAUCUGUUCGUAAUUUCAGCUUCAGGAAAACUUCAUGUGGGAAUCGCUGAUCGGAGAAACGAUCCCUGAUAUUUCCACCCAAUCAAAGUGAACUUCCGUGAGGAAAAAACCUCUGACAUCACCAUGGAAUCAGACUCCUCCCACAAUCUGAGCACAGUCAGUGAGCCCACAUCCCUCCAUGAAGCCUCGAACCAAUCGUGCGAUUUUCUCUCGCUCUCCAACUCUCACUACCAGAAGACCCUCAUUCCUGUUAUUUACUUUAUAAUCUUCAUCCUGGGUUUCCUCGGGAACACGCUAGCAGUGUGUGUGCUGGGUCAGAAGUCACUGAGGUGCACCGUUGCUAACACGUACCUGUUAAACCUGGCCCUGUCUGAUCUGGUCUUUCUUAUUGGGCUUCCGUUCUGGGCAGUGCAUUACCUCCGGGAUUACGACUGGCCAUUCGGAUGGUUCAUGUGCAAGCUGUGCGGCUCUUUGACCUCGCUAAACACCUACGCUAGCAUCUACUUCAUCAUGGGAAUGAGCAUCGAUCGGUAUCGCGUCAUAGUCUACCCGCUGCACUCGCAUUGCACCGAGAGUGUGUAUCACGCCAGGACUGUGUUCCAUGCCAGGUGUGUGUGUGCCGUGAUCUGGGUCCUAGCGACUCUCACAACCAUUCCGGCACUUGUUUUCCGGGAAACACAUCACUCUGUUGAGCAUAACGUGACAGCCUGUGUGAUGAAAUACCCGAAUAAGGACUGGCACGGAAUGCUAACUCUUGCUAAGAACACCUUCGGGUUCCUGAUCCCUUUUAUAGUCAUAGCAACGUGCUACAGCCGAAUCAGGUGUCACCUGCUGGCAUCCCCGGAGUUGGUAGAACCUGACUCGUCACGUUUGGAGCGUGUGCGCCGCGUCGCCCUCGCCAUAGUCACGGCAUUCUUCCUCUGCUGGUUCCCAUUCCACACGCUGUCCUUCAUGGGCGUGUUGCAGGAGCUCGGCGUGAACUGGAGCUGCAAAGUUCAGCAGGUGAUGAGCAACAUGAUGGCUCCUGCGCUCUGCCUUGGCUUCGCCAACUCCGCCAUCAACCCGCUGCUCUACUGCUUUGUGGGGAACCGAUUUCGCCAGCAGCUGCGGCGCCUCUGGGAGGUGAAAGUGCAAAAGAUUGGAAAGCAGAGGCAUGACUCUGUCAGCAUGCAGGUCAGCUCCUGCUCACGAAAACUCAGCGACACCAAAGAUACAAUGGCUUCUGUUAGUGUGGAGGACAAACUGUAAAUUAUAUACCAUACAGGAUGGAACUUUUUGAUAAAGGACGUUGCAGGUCAUGGGGUUAAAGUUGUUAAUUACUGACGUUAAUGAGUUAGCUAGCUAAACACAGGUAUUAUCUUCGUUUAUACGGACACUGUUAAAGCAGAGGGACAAUACACAUGAAAACAAUCACGAAUCUCAACAAUUUUCCUCAGAUAUGUCGGUCAACUACCAAGAAUUACCUUAAUUAUGACCCCACACCAAACAUCUGCAGGUUCUGACAUACCAGGAAACUUCAACGUUACAUCACCGCUAUGAAGUAUUGAAGAGGGUGAACUCGACAAAGCCAACACACAAUAGCGACCUCUACUGCACCGGAGGACAAACUGCGACUCAUAUUUCUCUCCCAUGAAGGACAGGAGUGGAAUGUCUUCAGUUCCCCUCUCUUUUGCUCAUCAUGGGGGCCUCUAGUGGUGUGGAGGACAAACUGCAAUGCUAUCACAUGCAGGACUGGAGUGGACAAUUCAUUCUCAUUGGUUUAGAAUAGCACAUGAUCUAGAUCUAGACCUUUCCUUAUUAAGUGAUGUGAAAAUUAUACACAAGCACGCUGUUGUACAGAAUUCAAAAUGGUUCCCAUUUAAGCUAGCAUCCUACAUAGUGCACUAGAAGCCAAUUAAAGAGUUAUUUAAGACACAAGUUCUGAGUAGUAAGCUAUAUAUAAAGAAUGUAAUGUUUCACUGUUUAUUUUUAAUUAUUGAAUUAUAACAUAUUUAGCAUGUAUCACAUAAGCUAGUGUUCCAGGGAAGAGUUGUUACCCUAAGUCAUGCUAAUAUUAUAACGAUCAUAUUAUAAUGGUCAUCAGUAAAACUUGCUGUUAGAUCACAAUAAAGGCACAUUGGAAAAAUGCUGCGCUACUGUGGCCUGUUUAGUAGGUUAGCAGGACGUCUAGCUAGCUGAUGGAUGAGUCACGGUUAGUAAUAUAGCACUUAAACUCAGAUAAAGAUUAAAAAUGAUCCAGCAGAUAAGACCACGAAGCCGUACGUUCAUUUAUUCACACAGACGUCCGACACUCGAGCUUUUCGUUUGGGCAGAACAAUUUCACGCCCCAUGCAGUGCCUGGGCCCACUAAUCAUAGGAGAAUGUUCGCCAUGUUAAAAAAAUUGCACAGAAUGCAUUACAUCACCGAUCACAACUAGUGCACACACACACACACACACACACACACACACACACACACACACACAGUGCAGAUAAGACCUCUCUGUAAUAAUCUGUGUGUUUUAUGGACAUGUUUAAUGUUUUGGAGUGCUUUUCUUGGCUAAUCUGCUGGCAGGUUUAUUGUGUGUGUGUGUGUGUGUUUCAUUUGUCCUGAAAUUAACCCUAUUGUUCCCAAAUUUUCCUAUGAUUUUCCACACAUAACAUACACUAACACUAGCCUUUCAGGUUUAGUUGCUGGCUUAUAAAUAAAUAAGCAAAUUAUUCACAGAAAAAAAGCCAUCUUUGCUGUUUAGGAGAAUAACAACACACACUUGUUUGAAGUGUUUGAAUAUUGAACAUGAUCAAAAUCCAUCGAGGCUUCGGCGCGCAUUCGCAUGAAAGAUACAUUUCGACAUUUUUUCAAUCAUAAAAGAUAAAAAUACAUUUUCUAAAAAAAAUAAUAAUAAAUAACACUAGUGUUGAAUUUUUGAGUCUUAGAAUGAAUUAGAGUGAAUGAUGGGACGUUAUCAACAUUAUCAACGUUAUCAACAUUAUCAACAUUUGUGUCACAACAAAAAUGACAAAAAACUCACAUUACAUGCUUGAAACAUCAGCAACAUUAGAAAGAUAGAAAUAAAAAAGAUAGAAAUAACUUCCUGCCCUCAGUUUGGGUCACGAAGCCUCAACGAUUCUCUGAAAAAAUCCUGAAAAAAGAAAGAGGGGAAAAAACGAAUGCAGAAUACAAAAUGCAUGCUUUUCAGAGCACGCAUAUUAAAUCAGUAAUCAACCACUCUGUGUACGUGUGUGUGUGUGUGUGUGUGUGUGUGUGGUGCUGUUACAGUAAAAUAAUCAGUGACCGGAUGGUGUGAUAAAGUCGAUUAUUUUCCCAGAACAUCACGUCCUGAAGUGUUUUAUUCCUCUUACACGCAGCAAUACAGUUUUAUUUAUUAAACAACGAGGCAUCAUAGUUUUUUAUCCAUUUAUAGUUAUAUUUAAUGUUAAAUGAUUAAAAAGUAUGAUAGCAUGCACAAGGAUAAACUAAAAGAUGAAGUGAAAAUGCAGUCAGAAGAUAAGCAUGCAAAUGGAGAAUAAAAUGAAAUAUUAAAAUAUAUUUAAAUAAAUAAAUAAAUAAAUAAAUAACACCACUAAUAUGCUAAAUGUUGUAGAUUUUAAAUGAAUUUUAAUGGAUAAGUACAACUAUAAACCUAAGAAAAAAUAACGUUUAAUUUUUUUUAAAAUAAAGAAGUGACUUCUUUUACAUGUUGUAUUUCCGAUUGUUGUAAUUAAAUAUAUAAAGGAAAUCAGAUUUUCUGUACAUAUGACUGAUUCACGUAUCCAGUGUUUGUGUUCUCAUAUAACGCAUAGUUUUUAACAAAACCAGAAAAUAAAAGUGUGACUCAAAUGAUAUAAAGCUGAAAGAGUGAAAUAUUAAACGAUUCACGGUUCUCUUGGGAAAGUGCGAUUAUUCACGCGUGUUUUUGUGGAACAUGUGACAGGCUGAACAAAUGUGCAAGAGGAUUUAUUACUCAGUGACGAUGAAGAAAAUAAAUAAAUAAAUAAAUAAAUAAAUAAACACUAACACUGCCUCCGUGUGGAGACGGAACUGCAGUCCAGCUCUCAGUGUUUCAGCUGAAACUCAUGGAUUAUGUGUUUAAACUUUCUCAAUCCCACUAAAUCCUGUUCACACUGUUAGAGCAACGUUAGAGGUUUAUAUGCGCUGAAGAAGCGAUGAGUGUAAACACAUUCUGAGUGGAUAGAAGUGCCUGUGUGUGUGUGUGUGUGUGUGCAUAAAUUAAUGCUAUGACUCAAUAACCCUAGAGUUCCCAAGUAAAAAUGUAAUAUUACAAGUAUUAUUAGCAUUCUAAUGUGUUUUGUUUAAAUUGCAGAGCUCUAGGAUUUAUUUAAAUUUGAGCGUACUGUAAUUAAAUUUUAUAUAUAUAUAAAACUAAUUAAAACAAAACCAGAAUAAAUUCCUAUCUCUUUAACUUUAUUAAUCCUGUAACCCUGAAUGUUAAAGCCGGUGUUUUUGUUGUUGAUGUUGAUGUUGUUGUUGUUGUAUAUUUUAUAUACGUUUUUUUCCAUUAUUGUCUAAUAUGUUAUUUGUCUGUAACUAUUUCAUAAUGAGACAGGAAGUGAAAGUGACGCUCUGGUGGGAAGUGGAGUUGUUUUUAACCACUUUCUCUUUUACUGUGCCCGCUUCACCUCCAGCACUUUCUCUUUCAGUUUUUUUAAAAUUUUUUUUACUUUAUAUCUGUAAUGUGGAACUGCAAUCCUACAACCUUCAGAAUGCUUAAAGAACCCAUAAAACCUGUAACGCAAUCCUGUAACCUUCUAAACCAUGCCAAUCCUACAAACUUCAAAUCCUAAAAGAGUGAAACACUCAGCGUGGCGCUGUUAGAGGAAAAUAAUCAGUGCUGUGGCGGAGUGAGGAAGCGGAGGUGCUGCUUCCUCGCGCCCUCAGACGCCGCAGGUCUUUCUACACCUGCGCUAGCGAGAAGAUCCAGCCUGGUAACAUCCUGCUCACGCUGCUUCCUUCCUGCUCAUGACACUGCAGCAUCCUUCUUCUCAUGAACACUCAGUGCCUGUGGUUUUCACUCUAUCCUCAGUGCAAUACACACAGCUUAUAUUUUACAUUUUAUACAUUAUACACACCUUACACUUUAUUUAGCUAUUUAUUACACACCCUUCCAUCAGGCACAAUAUUCCCCACAUCUGAUCCUUUUUAAAAUAGAAGGCUUGGUUUGAGAAUGUCACAAUUUCACUCAUAUUUCUCCCAAGUGUAUAAACUGUGAUGUGACAAUAAAGUCUAAAGUCUCUCUUCCUAUAAAAGCACGUUCUCAACUCUUUUAUACCACAGCAAUUUACCAUCCAUUACGAUUAUUUUUAUUUAUUAAAGAACAAUGUCAUACUUUUUAUCCUCGUAUCAGUUACUUCCUGUUCUCACUUACAUUACAGCAGCUAUAACCAGUCGUUCCUUCACCAGUCUCUGUUUUUUUCUCUAAAAAAAUGAAAAUGCAGCGUAUCACGUUACGGAGAAACCACAAAGAAGCGUAAACUCCU